AUGGAUCUCCAUUCCAAACUUUUACCAUUUUUCUUUCCUUCUUUCCUUGUUAUCUUUCUUUUUUCUUUCAUCCAAAAUUGUACUUUCCAUUCUUUCUUGCUUUCAUUUUUUUUUGCCAAUUUCCCUUUCUUUCAUUAUUCACUUUCCUCUAUUCUCUCUUUCUUUCAAUUUCAUUCAUUCAUUCAUUCUUUUAAAAUUUUCCUUUCUUCAUUAUUCACUUGCCUCUUUUCUUUCUUUGAUUUUCUUUCUUUCUUUCUUUCUUUCUUUCUUUCUUUCUUUCUUUCUUUCUUUCGUUAUUUCUUUCGUUAUUUCUUACGUUAUUUCUUUCUUUCCUUUUUUCCUUUGCAUUGCUUCUUCGUUUCAGUCUUCCUUCCAAACUUUUACCAUUUUCCUUUCCUUCUUUGCUUGUUAUCUUUCUUUUUUCUUUCAUCCAAAGUUGUACUUUUCUUGCUUGUCUUAUUUUUCCAUUCUUUCUUCCUUUCAUUUUUUUGCCAAUUUUUUUUUUCUUUCAUUAUUCACUUUCCUAUAUUCUCUCUUUCUUUCAAUCUUACAUUUAUUCAUUCAUUAAUUCGUUUAAAAUUUUCCUUUCUUCAUUAUUUGCUUAAGUUAAUUUUCCUUUCAUUCGUUAAUCGCUUUUUCGUCCAUCUUUCUUUCGUUAUUUCUUUCUUUCUUUUGCCUUGUUUCUUCUACAUUCUCCCUUCAAACGUUUUCCUUCCCUUCUUUUCUAUUGUUUUUUUUUUUUUGCUUUUCUCUCUUUCUUCCUCCCUUUUCUUUCUUUUCUUUCUUUCAAAGUUUUACUUUCCUUCCUUGCUUUUCUCCUUUUCCCUUUCUUUCUUUCUUUCUUUCUUUCUUUCUUUCUUUCUUUCUUUCUUUCUAAUAGCCAUUUUAUUUCUUCCUUCAUCACUAUUUCUUUCUUUUCUCAUCUUUUGUCUUUUCUUCAAUUGCCUCGUCACCAUUUCUUUUCAUCCUCUCUCUCUCUUUCUUUUUACUUCUUCAGAUUGUUGUCUCGAUGUCUUUUCGAUUUCUUUCAAACUCUAUCAUCUGCCUUACCACAUUUUUUUGAAUCAAUUCAAAAACUAA